GGCCGGGUCAAUAGAGCUCAAAUUAGGGCCGGGUAUGUUGUAAUUUUGGGUUGGGCCUUUACUCGGCCCAAAGUGAAAGUACGUUCCCCUAUCGGCCGCUGGGGAAUGUGAUCCCGUUCCCGUCGGUCGCUGGCUCAGCGACACAUUGCAGUGCUGCGAGGUGUCGCCGAAUAUGGGUAACGUGGCGGUUUUCUGGCGCACUCUCAAAUUACAAAGCAGCGAUCCAUACGUAUCCUGCAAGCACCACUGUUCUUCUUCCUUCUUCUUCAUGCGCGAGCUCGUCUGUUAAUGGAUAGAAACAGUUGAGUGGCGGGCGCUUCACAGAUACUCCCACAAUCCUUCUGUGCGUGGCUUUUCCCCCGCGGGGGAGCAGCGUUUGUUCUUUGGGGCAUUUUCACGAACGGUUGUUGUGCGAAAGGAUGCCGGUUGACGGCUAGCUCGAGAUACUAUUCUUCUUCUACUGGUAUCUUCGUUUCGAUCUCGUAGCGCCAAUGAGGAGUGUUACCGGAAUUCUCAAGCGUCACCGCCGGUUUACGCUGCUUUCCUCCCGCAUUGCUCGUCAUGAGAGUUCUGCAUUGGCUCCACUUGGCAAUUCUAGUAAGGGUCUGGCAUACCGGGGAAUCAUGGAGAUUAAGCAUCCGGCAUGCUUCCUCCAGCAAAGGCUCUUCUCCACGGCCUUCACGAGUGUUCAUGGCGAGAAGCCUUCCGGAAAAUAUGCAAAACUGAGGAAAGAGUCACUGGAAAGUGAAUUUGGGCAGGCUCUUGGUACCUACAGCUCCAGCAAGGCUUCUCAUAUCUAUCGAUUUGGUCCAUUUCUGGCGAUUUAUAGAGCUGCAAUCAUCUCAUAUCAUCUCUUCAAGUUAACCAUUUGGCAAAUUUUCGUCAAGGAUAUGAAAAAACGUGCCAUCGUGUUUCGUGAGACUCUAGUAAGCUUGGGGCCUUUCUACAUCAAGGCAAGUGGCUUGUUGUUACUCUCUCAUUCGCACUUGGGCAAGCUCUUAGUACCAGGCCAGAUGUACUGCCAACCAUAUACUGCCAAGAGCUUGCUAAGUUACAGGAUCAAAUACCACCCUUUCCUACUAAAGUUGCCAUUAGAUCUAUCGAGUCCCAGUUGGGCCGACCUAUUACACAAAUCUUUGCUGACAUCAGUCCAGAACCUGUUGCUUCAGCUUCAUUGGGUCAAGUGUAUAAAGUUGAAGCGCUUCGCUAAGGCUCGCAAGGAUCUGCUGGUUGCUGUAAAUGAGAUGGAGUUUGUAUAUAGUUUCACCUUGAAAGAGCAAAAACAAGUCAACCCCACAGAAUCUCCGGUUCCGGUCUACUUAGUAAAGAAAAUGUCUAUUUUGGCUGAUCAGGUCAGGCACAUGUUUGAUGAGAUUGACUACAUCCUUGAGGCAAAAAAUGCUGAACGUUUUGCUACUCUUUAUGGUUGUGAAGCCUCUACAACAGUUGUGGACGAGAAUGAAAAUUAUGUUAAAGUUCCGAAAAUAUAUUGGGACCUCACGCGCAAAGCUGUGCUCACAAUGGAAUGGAUAGAUGGGAUCAAGCUUACUAAUGAAGCACGUCUAAGCAAAGCUUGCUUAGACAGAAGAAAACUGAUUGACCAGGGAUUGUACUGCUCAUUGAGGCAAUUGCUUGAAGUAGGAUUUUUCCAUGCUGACCCCCAUCCAGGAAACCUUGUUGCUACAGACAGCGGCCAUCUUGCUUAUUUUGACUUUGGAAUGAUGGGAGAUAUUCCUCGGCCUUAUCGUGUGGGACUUAUUCAAGUGCUCGUGCACUUUGUUAACCGUGACUCUCUGGGUUUGGCGAAUGACUUCCUUUCUCUGGGAUUUAUCCCUGAAGGGGUUGACAUAAGAGCAGUCGCUGAUGCAUUGCGAACGUCUUUUGGGGAUGGUUCAAGACAAUCAAGAGACUUUGAGGGAAUAAUGAACCAACUAUACGAUGUUAUGUACGAGUUCAACUUCUCCCUUCCUCCAGACUAUGCUCUCGUGAUAAGAGCCCUUGGAUCACUUGAAGGCACAGCAAAGGCACUAGAUCCCAACUUCAAAGUUGUGGAGAGUGCAUAUCCUUUCGUCAUUGGCAGGCUCUUGGCUGACCCAAGUCCUGACAUGCGGAGAAUCUUGAGGCAACUACUGAUCUGCAAUGAUGGAUCGAUCAGAUGGAACAGACUUGAACGCCUGAUGGCAGCAAUAUCCCAAGGAUCAGCUACCGGAGAAGCUGCUAAUUCGAAAGACGGUUCUCCAAAUCCACUGGGAUGGAAAUCGUUUGAUAUGCGUGCUGUCGUCAGUGCAACAGAGGACCUUCUCCUGUUUGUUCUAUCACAAAAAGGAUCAAGGGUGCGCGUUUUCCUCCUUAGGGAUAUGAUCAAGGCAGCUGACGCUUUCAUACAAGAUGAAGUAGUGGGCCACAGCUUCGACGACAACCCUCAUCCUGAAUUACAACGACAACCAUCCGGAUCCGAGGAACACAAAAUGGUAAUGAGGGUUGCGAAUGGGUUUCGAUAUCUCUCUCGGGCAAUAAAGAUGGCUCCCGAGGUAUGGACAGCAAUGCUUAUACGAAUGGCGGUGAAGCCCGAGUUCCACCAAUUUUCGGCCGACGUGAUAUCAGCAUUUGUCAUGCAUUUUAGCCGUAGAGUUCCGGAGACUCAUUUCAUCUGUAUUUCCAAACUGCUGCAUAAGCUGGGAUCAAAAUCCAGAUACAGUGACCCUGUUAGAUGAUGAGCAAGCUGAAACUGUAGAGGCUCACUUUCCUAGUCACAAAAAUAGCAAAAUGGUAGGUGUUUUCUUUAGUCGAAUUUUGGUUAGGUAGCGUUCUUCGAAUCUUUCUGAGUUUUGACCAAUAUGUAAAUCACAUGUGGCUGGCUGCAUUCUGGUACUUCGCUAACACUCUGAAUCUGAAUGGGGGGGGGAAUUGAUUCAGAUGAAGGCGGGGAAUGUUGACCAGUGAGCCACUGGUCAACAUUCCCCGAUCAUUGUCUAUGUCGAUAUAUGCGCAUCUCGUAUCUGAUCAAUGUACUGAUUCCCCUCGUCGAAUCAACAUUCGAAGCUUGAUCCCCAUAAUGUUGUAGAAAUGUAAGUAGCCUAGUUACAGGAAUAUUCUGGUAGAGAACUGAGCCUGCAAAAGUUGCUGAAAUAUUGGGAAGUAAUUGGCAAUUAAGCCGUGUGGUACGGAA